AUGCAAGAUCCAAGGCAUAUCCCAAACCCUUUACGCCCUUAUUAUGUGCCUCCGUCAAUAGGAGCCGAGCCCAUGUCCAACUCGAGUACGGGCGCCUUCAAACCCUCCUCCACGUCGACCUUCUCCUUUCCAGACAUUGACUAUUCGGACUACAUACCAGAGGGAAGUCCCUCGCUUACAGGCUCAUUGAAAUCCGUGGUCGAUCGAGCCUUCUGGAAAUACACCAAUGUUCUCCUCGCACAGCCCUUCGAGGUUGCGAAAGUGAUCCUACAAACACGCGUUGCCCAGGAAGAUGAUGGAGAUGAACCGCAAAAGAAGAAAACGCUUUCCAGCCAUGAUGACUUUGAUGAUGGCUAUAACUACGAAAAUUCCUCUGAUGACGAGCCCAACUACUUUACCUCAACUGCACCGUAUGACAGACCUCUCUCGAGGCAUUCGCCGCCUCGUGGCCGGCGAGGAAGACCACCCCGGGAUGACUUGUCACCCCGACAUGCUUCUGGCCGUGCUCAGCCGCAGAAAGGCAUGAUCAACUUGAAGAACCCUCACUCUCUUCUCGAUGCAUUGUCGGCGCUCUCGUCUAGCAGUGGAGCACUAGCCAUGUGGCGGGCUACCAAUUCCACUUUCGUUUACAACAUAUUGAGUAGGACACUUGAGACAUUCUUCCGAAGCUUUUUGGCAGCCGUCUUUGGAGUUGCCGAGAGUGACGUCUUGGUUCCUGCGUCUGGUGGUGCAAUCCCAGACGCUUCCAUACUCACCUCGACAGCCCCGACAGCUACAGUGCUUAUUGCAACUGCAGCGGCAGCAUUGUCAUCUUUGAUCCUAGCUCCGAUAGAUGCCGCUAGGACGAGACUGAUUCUCACACCCUCUGACCAAGAACCAAGGACCCUGCUUGGAACAUUGAAGACUCUUCCUACAGCAUACAUGGUUCCAGUCCACCUCGUCCCGAUCACCUUUCUUACUUCCACAUUACCGACCAUGAUUUCUACCAGCACACCUGUCGUUUUGAAGACUUACCUUGGACUUGAUCCUGCCAUGAAUCCAGCUACCUGGAGUUUGGCAACCUUUGCAGGAUCUGCGUUAGACUUGUCGAUCAAGUUCCCGCUGGAAACUGUUUUACGUCGCGCCCAGAUUGCUACUUGGUCUUCUCCUGCAUACUCGCCACCUGCCACAUCAUCCAAGCGGAAGGCGAUCACCACCAUUGUCCCUGUGCCACAAUCGUACAGAGGGAUUGUACCGACUAUAUGGAGCAUCAUGCGGGAAGAGGGUUGGUCGGAAUCCAAGAAAGACAAGACAGCAGCAUUAAUGGGCAAAGCACCCAGACGAAAGCGCAAAGGCCAGGGUAUCGAAGGCCUAUACCGCGGCUGGAGAGUCGGCUUCUGGGGGCUCAUCGGAGUGUGGGGCACGUCUUUUGUUGGAGGACUACAAAGUGGUAGCGAGGCGGCUACAGCUGGGACUGGGGUCCAUGGUGGAAAAUUUUAG